AUUUAUGUCUGAAAAGGAAGCAACAUUAAAAGAAAUAAGUAAAAAGGCCAUAGCAGAUACUGAGAAAUUAGCUACCGUAUAAAGAUUUGGACUAUUCUCCUCACCUGUUCCCCUAGGUUUGGGUGACAAUAGUUAUGAUAAUAAACCAAGACGUUUUAUUAUUUCUCUUAAACCUUAGCUGCUCGUAAUGAAUAAGGAAAACCAAUUACUUCUCCUCCAAACAUGAAAGUCACAGCUCCUUAAUCAGGCAAAAUCAAGUCAUCUUACUUUAGCUAACUAGGCUUUACAACCAUUGGUGAUAAAUAUAUAGACCCUGAAAGAAAAAUUCGCAUUUAAGAAUUAGAAGAAAAUAAAAAAUAUUCUUCUGAUGAUAAAAAGAAUUUUGUUCCUCCAUCUGGCUUUAAAGAACUUUAUGGUGGUGUUUAUCCUCACUAAGCUGAUUUUGAAUUACCUAAAGGUCCAAAUAAUCAUAAAGAUGCUGAUGGCAGAGUUAAAAUUGGACCUAAAAAUGUUACUACAAAUCCUGCUUCUAAUAAAUUAUGUCAUUUUCCUAAACAUGAAAAAGAUGAAUACAAUCGUUAUCGCUAAUUUGAAAGAGAAAGAAUUUUUAAUGAAUAAAAAAUGCUCAAAGAUAAAUAACCAUUCAAGAGUACCAUUUACACAACUGAUAAUUUCAGCACUGAUAAAUAAGUCUUUGGUGAAACUAAUUUACCUAAAGUAAACUUAUUAUAGAAUUUAGCCAACUUAAGUCAAAGAGUUUAAACCUAAUAUAAUGAAACAUGAAGCUCCUUUUAAACCUUCAAAUCCAACCAAAAGUGGUGAGACUGGAUGUCUAAGCAAAUAUCCUCAAUAUAAAGGAGAUCCUCUUAAACCAACUUAGAGAAAAGAUUUUGUUAAAGGAAAAGAUCCAUUCAAGUAAAUUUCAGUUUUAAAUUAGACCUAAUCAUUUAAUGGAAAUGGUCAGACCUACUCCAAGCAUUUCGUGUUUUCCUCAUAAUCUUAAAAGAGAAUUAAACAAUAGAAUGUUUUGAGUCAUUUUAAAAUAAUCAAUAUAUUUUA